GUUCCCACCCCGCAACGCCUCCUCCUUCCGCUCCCAGUCCUCAGCGGUGGUCGACUGAAAGGAUACAGUAACGCGAAAAUGGGGGUAGAAAUUGAGACGAUAACUCCCGGAGACGGACGGACAUUCCCGAAGAAGGGACAGCGCGUCGUGGUGCACUAUGUCGGAACCCUGGACGAUGGGAAAGUUUUCGACUCCUCGAGGUCCAGAGGGAAGCCUUUUAAGUUCAAGAUUGGACAUCAGGAGGUAAUCCGAGGAUGGGAAGAGGGAGUAGCUCAGAUGAGCGUAGGCCAGCGGGCGAAGCUUAUCUGCUCGCCAGACUUUGCCUAUGGCAGCAAAGGUCACCCAGGGGUCAUCCCACCAAAUGCCACUCUGACCUUCGACGUGGAGCUGCUUGGGCUGGAGGCUUGAAACUUGUGCACUCAGCUUUGUUUAUUUCCACUCAGAUGGUUAGGGUUGACUCCUGUCCUGGGAACAUGGAGGGAAUAACGAUGAUUCCUGCAUAGGACCUGCAUCACUUGUCGUUUGCCAUUUCAGAUUCAUGCAGAAUAAUCUCACUUGCUUUAAAACUUGAUUCAUUUUUACUGUCUAAGUUAGACUUUAAGUCAUAGGUCAGCCCAUCCCAUGUAUUUUGCUCUGUUACUGGUAUAUAUUUAGACGUUUUGUUUAACCUUUGGCUUAAUUUUGACAUUUUUGGCUAUAUUUGCCAUCAGGACCAUGUUUCAGGUAAGUGUCAUCAUUCCUGUGGUUCUUACGUUGUUUGGAUAGCCGGUGAUGAACAGACGUGACUAUAAUAAGGUUUUAAGAAUCAUGACUAGUGGGGAAAAAUUAGAAGUUCAGAACGUUUCCAAUGUGGGUUUAAUAGAAAAAAAAAACAAUAAAAAGAAGUCAGAUUGUUUUCAUUAAUAACCUGCAGGUCUUAGCAGAUGUGAUUUUCUUUUGCAUAAUUUUCAAAGUGACUAAAUUUGUGUAAUGUUUACAAUAAUAAAAAAAGGUUAGGCCUGCUUCUGUUGCUUUUUCCGAGGAUCUUAAGGAGUCAUUUUACCCAAAGGAAUGCUUUCUUGUGCACAGUUUUAUCACACUGCUUUGCUUUUCCUCAUUUAUGAAAUGUUAUUUAAUGGUGUUACAGCACAGUAAAAACAAACAUGAAAUAAAGGAAACAAGCUUCUUAUUUACCAAAAGGAAACAGGGUGAUUAAUGUGCCAUUUUAAAUCUCAAAUACACGCCGAUGCCCAUAAAGACGGAAACAUUUUAGUUUUUUUAGACAAUUUACUUUUUAUUAUUAAUAUCAUUCUGGUGCAUUUCUAAGAGUUUGAUCAACAUUUUGAAAAAUAAUCAGAAAUCACAUAUUUACACAAAAACAGAUAAAUAAAAAUGUAUUCCAACCUUAUGGGCAGCAGUGUUGAAGCACAUUUGUGAAUAUUGAAUUUUUUGUUUUGCUUUGGAUACAAAAGUUGGACGACUGCAAUAUUAAGUGAACCAUAAACAAACCAUAUUUUGCAAUAAAAUGUUCUCAGACUGCUCAAA